AAUAAUAAAAAAAACAGCAAAAAACCGCACAAAUGAAAAUGGUUGAUAAGUCAUCAAAAUUAGAUAAAUAUAGCGCCAAUAUGAAUGCUUCUACAUCAGCGGCGGCAGCUGCCGCUGCAGCUGUCGGUGGCGGCAGCAGUGGAUCUGCGGUUGUUGGUCUCAGUAGCGGCGGUGGUCAUAGUGGUUCGAAUAUAUCCACCGGUUAUUAUUAUCAUACCAUGCAGCAACAACAACAGCAACAGUAUCAACAAUUGCAACAACAGCAGCAUCAUACUAGCAGUAGUACUAGCAGCCAUCAACAUCAUCAGAACGGUCAAAAACCAGUUCCAAUGAAAUUAUUUGCCGCUUGGGAAGUGGAUCGUACACCACCGAAUUGUAUACCAAGAUUAUGCUCGCUGACAAUAACCCGUUUAACAAUAUUAACACCCCUGCCGGGCGAUAUGACAUCCCUGUCGUUGGCGGUGAAAAUGCAAAGUUCCAAGCGUACACUGCGCUCACACGAAAUACCCAUAAGUGGAGCUAGUUUUAUGCAAAUUGCCUCGGGCACCGGUAAUACAUCGGGAGGUGCAGCAACAACAACUAGCGGUGGUGGGGCCAGCGGAGGUGGUAGCCACAAGACCAACCGAACCA